AUGGCCGCGCCCACAAGGGCAGGGAUUUUGUCUCUCUACAAGAAGAUGUUGAAGGAAAGCAAACAGAUCACAAAAUUUCAUUCAGGUAACUUUGGACCCAUAGCAAAUAGAAAUUAUUUAUAUAUGUGUGUGUGUUGUUUAUUCCAUAGAAUGUAUUACCUGCGUCGAAUAAAGGAUGCAUUUAAAGAAAACAAAAAUGUAACAGACACAGCUCAGGUCCAGACCCUCACAGAAAAGGCUAAAAAAAAUCUGGAUGUUUUAAAACGACAGGCUUUAAUCAGUCAGAUGUACGGGUCCGGCAAGUUGGUGAUUGAGUCUCAAGCUGCCAGAAACAAAUCACAAUGA